UUGAUUUUUUUCCGUUCACUUUUUUUUGUUGUUUCUCGUUCCUUUGGAUUGUCUGCUGGUUUUCUGUGUUUUUCUUUGGCGUCCAUAUGAAACAACAAUAAAUUUUUCCAAAGCGUCAUGACCGGAUGUACGAUAUUACAAAAAUGCAGGAAAUGAAUUACCUGCAAGAUAAUUCCAAAGUGGAGGCACUUACCAAAGCCGUUCUCAUCUCCAUACUAGGCGUAGCCAUUGUACUCUCAAAUCUCCUAAUAAUCGCCACUUAUGCCAACUUCAAAGGUCCCACAGAAGUUAUCAACUAUUAUUUGCUGUCAUUAGCUGUAGCCGAUUUGCUGUGUGGUCUGUUGGUGGUGCCCUUUUCAGUAUAUCCAGCUUUAACGGGAGAAUGGCUGCACGAGGAGUUGCUGUGCCGUUUUACCGGCUACAUAGAGGUAACACUGUGGGCGGUGUCAGUGUAUACAUUUAUGUGGAUAUCGGUUGAUCGUUAUUUGGCGGUACGCAAGCCCUUGCGCUACGAAACGGUACAAACGAAAACCAGAUGCCAAUGUUGGAUGGCCUUUACAUGGAUCUCAGCAGCCCUGCUUUGCAGUCCACCGAUUCUGGGCUACACCGCACCCAUUAAGAAUCCGGUGGCGCACAUCUGUAUGCUGGAUUGGGGCAAUAUGGCGGCGUAUAGCAUAACUUUAGCAAUAUUAGUUUUAGGUCCUAGUGUUAUAUCCAUUGUUCACAACUACACAUACAUUUUCAUUAUGAUGCGUAAAAUUAGAUCGGGUGAACCCAUACAUGACAAAGAGUAUGCUACUGCAUUAGCUGAAAAUUUAUCGAAUCCAAGUCAUAUGAUGUCAUUCGCAUUAGUGUUUGCAUUCUGGAUGUCAUGGUUACCAUGGAUAUCGUUGCGUACGUAUGAACUGGUAACCGGUGAUGUUAUACAAAGUACUCUCAUUAAUUUUGGCGUAGUCUGGAUUGGUGUGUUAAACUCAUUUUGGAAAAUAAUCAUAAUGACGACAAUGUCACCACAAUUUCGUAUCGCUCUCAGAGUAUUUUGCUUAACAAUAUGCUGUAAGACUAAGGGCCGUUUGCAAGCCGAACUAAUCGGGUUAGACCCAGAUGACUAGAGUCGUUAGAUUUUCUUAUUGGCUUGAAUUGUAAUUGAAAGACAUUGAUUGAUUUAUUUCUUAAUUGUUCAUCUUCAACACAACAAGAGAAUAAAAGCUAAAGAGAAAAAAUAUUUUGAAAAAAUAAAAGAGAAAU